UGUACGGCAUCGCGUCGCUGCAAUUACAGAUACGUGCCGAUUGUUUCCACACAAUCCACAGGGAAAACGGAGAGAAAGCACACCGUAACACCGAUUAUGAAGAAUCGACGCAACAGUGACGAAAUAAACGACGACGCAGACGAAAACGGUUCCUUCACACCUCCAUUUCUGCCCCUGGAAGAAUCCAAUCCUGUCUCGGCAAUGUCCCUCUCGUCCUCUCUCGCCGCCGCCAACACCACCACCGGUACAUCCACAAGCAGUACGACUGGAAAUGUCUCGACCAAACACAAUCUAAACCAACGCACUAAAGCCCAUUCCUCGUACAAUAAGGCUUCCCCGUCUCUAACUCGUUCCAUGUCGAACCGGGGUGGAAUCGUCUCUUCUUGCAACGGCAAAAAAGUCGUCUCGAUCGUCAUGCUCUCACUUCUGGCGCUCGUCAUUUGGGACGCCGUCUUGACGCCUCCGGAACGCCGCUGGAUCAAACCGGAUUUCAGUGAAACCUUCCUAUUGUGGGUACAGGAUCAUCCCAUCCGGGGUUUGCUCGCCUUUCUCGUUGUCAUUGCCGUGGCCGUUGUUUUCAUGGUACCCAUCGGGACGCCCCUCACUCUGGGAUGCGGGUACGUCUAUAAGGGAGCCUACGGAUGGAGACUGGGCUUGACCAUUGCUACAGCAGUAUCCAUGGCUGGAUCCGCACUCGGCGCCGUCGUUUGCUUUCUCCUCGGACGAUACCUCAUGCGAGACCAAGUACGCACCUGGAUUCGCAAAUAUCCACUCUUUGACGCUAUUGAUGCCGCCGCUGCCGAACACGGCCUCCGGAUCAUGGCCAUGCUUUACUUGACUCCCAUUCUACCACUCGGUCCCGUCUCAUACAUGUGUGGCACCACUUCCAUGGCCUUGUCCAGCUUUGUCUUGGCCAAAAUUGCCUCCCUCCCACUCAUGCUACUCUACGCCUUUAUCGGGGCUAGUACUGGGGCCUUGCUCGGGCAACCAUCGCAAACGCAGUUGGACGGUAGCGUCACGGCACAACAACAGGAACAACAACAUUCGACCGCCAACGAAUUCAAAUCCAUCGAAGAAAAUCAAACUCUCAUUUUGUCCGGUAUUUGCUUGAGUUUUGUCAUGAUUGCGGGCAUUACGCACAAUAUUAAACGAGAGCUCAAUCUGAUUCUGGAGCGGCAAAAGAAAGCCGGCGAAAGAGACCACGGGAGUGACCUUAUGGGUGACAGCUCGAUCGGGAGCAGUAGUAGUGCCAACGUAAUCGAUGCCGAACAAUCCGCCAUUGAAAUGGGUCUCAGCAAGCCGGCUCACCGCAGACGAGUGGCCUAG